AUGAGUUGGAAUCCUCGGCGGCGGGGAUCGUACGGAGGUCUCUUCGCCGGAUUUGGGUUCGCCUAUCUGCCUGCCGUGUUCACCGUUCCCGUCACCUUCAUGGCCCUCCAGUUGGACUCCUUCGGCCAGGGCCUCUCCGGAAUGAUCGGGUUCGGCGUGGCUGUCUGGACGAUCGUCCUCUCCGUGUUCGCCGUUCAGGCAAACAACAACUUCUCCACCGGGCGGGCCAUCGCCGCCUUAUUCAUCCCGCUCGCGGUCUUCUUCAUCCUGCUCCUUGCCUUUAUCGCGUUCGUGGUGGUGGUGAUAGUAAUCGCCGUGAAUGAAGGCUUCACAUAG